CACUCCUGCCUCCAGCAGCAGCUUCCUCACUGAUAGUCUGUAGACUGAGCUACCGUGAUGUGCCAGCGUUUAAUGUUUCACCCGCUACAGGUUUCCAGUCGUCGGCGUUAUCGCUGUUAAAACCCCCGAGGAGAUAUCACAUGAGGUUAUAAAGUCUUUUUUUGGUGGUGGUGGUGGGGGAGAGGUGGGCUUUACAACACCGCAUCAAGUUUCUGUCAUAAAGUUAAUCUUAGUGGUCGAGCUAGUUUCAGCUCGCUAACUCUCAGUCUGCAAAGCAACCAUCACCUCCGCUGCUAAAUCUUUUUUUUUCUUUUUAAAGCUUUAAAAACAGCUCUGUGCUAAAAAACAAAAAAAAAAUGGUGCUUUCGUUGGUGAGCCUUUGUGCCAGGGAGGUGGUGAGUGACCACAGCUCGUCCCCCGGCUGGUUGAGGUGGGUGCCCGGGGAGCUGUACACACCGCUGCUGGAGGCCGCUUUCUCCAGCCGCAGACCGCUGGCUGUGGGCGAGCUGGUGCAGAGGUGGCCUGAACGCACGCUGCGUGUCGGCGGACGCAGGAAACAAGGGCAAACUGCGCCAAAUAGACUGUGCAUCCAGGCUCUGCUGCUCGCUGUUGUUCGAGGACUGUCCGACCGAAGGUGUGCCCUGCAAGUACUGGAACUGUGUGGGCUGCAAGGAGAUGAAGGAGGGAUGGGAGACCCCAUGGGAGGCUGGUCUCUGACUGUAGCUCUCUGCACCAUGGUUGUUCAGGCCAGAGCCGGAGCACAGAGGGCACAGAGGAGAGAGGGAGAGCGGGAGAGGAAAAGGUUUUCGGCUCUGGAGAGAGAAAGGGAUGUGAAAAGAGAGAGGGGGCAGUGGAAGAGGGGCAAGGAACCACAUCUGGAUGAGGCGGGCACAGACAACAAGGGGCUGGAGAGCGAGAGGGUGGGAUCAUGUGGGAUUGUGGGUGAAGAGGAGCUGGUUAAAGGUGUCAGGAGGAGGAUGGAGAUAGAGAGGAAGCGAGAGUCUGCAGUGACAGGUUCAGGAGGCAGCAGAAAGGAGGCGGAAGAAAAAGAUGCACAGAGUGAAGUGUUGGUGCAUGUGAGAGCUGAUCUGUUUGUAAAUGCUCGCUCUUGGGAGCGCGUUCGCGUGGCUCUGAGCACGUUGGGGCCCCUGAAGCUUCAGUGCAGAUACCUGCGCGUGGAAGAGAUUUCCGUGUCUAGCAUCAGGACCCUGCUAGACCUCCUGCCUCACCAGGGUCUUCAAGGCAUUGAUGUUCGCUACAGCAGCCUCGGGGUGGCUGGCCUGGGCGAGCUGCUGCCUCUGCUCUCCACCUUCCCUGCAUUGAGCUCUCUUCGCCUGCACUACUGUAACUUGGAUUUUCGCAGAGACCAAAGUGGCCAAGAAGAGGCCCUGAGGGACUUGUCUCUGGGGCUGGCAAAACUAAAAGAGCUGCGACGCCUCAGCCUGACUGCGCUGCGCCUGCCUGGACAGCUACGUGUGCUGCUUAGCUCACUGCCUCAGCCUCUAGAGAUACUGGAGCUGCCGUAUUUGAGCCUGAGCCCGGCUGACCUCGCCUAUCUGUCCUGCAGCCACCAUGUUUCCACACUGCAGCAGCUGGAGCUCAGUGAGAACCGCCUGGAUGAAAUCACCCUGCCCUCCAUCCGCCGCCUCCUGUCCCAGGCUUCCAGUAGCCUGCAGCACCUCUCUCUAAGUGGCUGUGGCCUGACCGAUGGCCUGCUGGGACUCUUGCUGCCCUCGCUGGGAGCCUGCUUGGCCCUCAAGAGCUUGGCUUUGGCCCUGAACCCUCUCUCCAUGGCUGGCCUCAUGGACCUGCUGAGGAUGGCUGUGAGAAUGCCCUCUCUCCGCCACUUACUGUACCCGAACCCCCUGGAGGACUACCAGCCGGGCCUUCCCGACCUGCCCUCCAGUGCUCAGCUCUUAGACUGGCCGCUGGAUGAAGUCACAGAAAUCAACAUGACCAGCAGCCAGCUCAACAGGGUGCUGAUUGACAGCGGGCGCUCUGACCUCUUUCUGACAUGCGACCUGCUCAAUUAUGAUAAAGAUCUGAUGGACUAGAGCAGAGGUGAAGGACGCUGGUGCUUUUACACAUACCAGACACUCUUAUUAUGGGGUAGUAUCCAACUAUCUGCUUUUUAUCUUCAUUAUCAUCUGUCUCUUCUGAAGGAUGAAUUAUACCUUUUUGCUUUCUUAAAAAAUAACUGGAACAAAGCAGCAAGACACUCAAUGCAGACCUCCACCGAGGCACAACAAUCUCCUUUUUAGCCAAUAUGUAAAAAAAAAUUGUACAAGGUAAAUAACAGGAGUAGUUGCACAAGGAUAGCCAGAGUUAAGCAAUAUGAAGGCAACCGGUUUGUUGUUGUUGGGAUCAUGAAUGUAAUCAAUGGUUCUGAAGAUAACACUUGGCCUGAUGGCAGAGCUAGAGAUAAGAGACAAAUGGACAUACGGAGAAGACACUUCUAAGCCAUGCUUUAAAAAAACUGGUGCUACACUACUUAAUAAGUUCACUUUUGACCGUAUAAAUUGAAUUUUUGCAUAUAAGUCACUGCUGGUUUUGUACCAAAAGUUUGUUCUUUAUAAUCAGGUUAACAGGACAGUUGGGAUGCAAAGAUUAACGUCCCCCUGCUGCCCUCGUGCCUUUACAAAUGUCACCAGUACUUUCUUUAUGUACGGCACUCAUUCAGAUAGUGUCUGAUCAGCUAUUACAUGUUCACACUACACGCCAACAACCAAAACUACAAGUUGGACAGUGGUUUCCUUUAAUAUUUCCUUAAAUAGGAAAUGAAUGUAACUACAAAAUAUUUCAGUUUAUUGUGUUUUUUUUCUGCUUUAUUCACUAAGUAAUGUACUUUCUCUUUGUGCUGUUCUUAUAUGCAUAUUUGUCAUACUGUAUUUCUUGAAUAUCUGUUUUAAAAUGUUCAGGAUGCCUUUUUGUAUUCAAUCAAAUUGUAUAUCGAGUCAAAAAGUAUCACUGUUAUCAGGAAAUGAGUGUACCAAAUCACCUUUAUACAACAUGAAUGCAUUUACUUACUGUAAGUCGCAGAAUAAAUGAGGCAUAAGGCAAA